GGCGACCGUAUCGACAGGCGCCCGCCCCGCCCGAAUAUAUACUGGCCUCGCUGCCCGACUCCCCACGUCCACUCGCUCUCCGUCUCGCACCUUCGUUGUAUUUUCAUUCCUCCGCGCCAGGCCGCCGGACCCCUUCAUUCCUUCGCGGUUGACCCGAAGUCCCAGCUACCCGCUCUUCACUACAGCCUUACACCUCUCUACCCUCACAGCCCCGCUUUCCAAGAUGUUCUUCUCGUGCAAGUCCAUUGUUCUCGCGAUCGCCGUCGCUUUCGUCGGCCAGGCUGCCGCCGCGCCCCAUGCCAUGCCCAUGCCCUUCCGCCGCCCUACAAAGAACUUGCAGCGUGAUGUCGUCGCCCGUGCCGACACCAACACCUUCCCCGAGAGCCAGCCUGCUAUGGCCCUUGACGGCGGUGACGCGAUAGCUUACCACAACAAGCGCAUGCAGCCCGCGCCGGAGGACAUCAACUGGAUCCGUUCGGACGUCCCCACCGCUGCCGUCGACGGCUUCAUCCGCGAGCUCCCCUACGAUCGCCGCCAGGACACGAACACGUUCCCGGAAAGCCAGCCGGCGAUGGCCCUUGACGGCGGUGACGCGAUCGCUUACCACAACAAGCGCAUGCAGCCUGCCCCCGAGGACGUUAACUGGAUUCGCUCGGACAUCCCUACGUCUGCUGUUGACGGGUUCAUCCGCGAGCUGCCGUACGACAGGCGCCAGGACACGAACACCUUCCCGGAGAGCCAGCCCGCUAUGGCCCUCGACGGCGGUGAUGCCAUCGCCUACUCCAACUCUGCGUGAGCGAAUCACAACGAACUUCGACUUUGACUGGCUUCAACAUUGUUACGGAUAUUUGAGCUGUUGUACGAUAGAGGGCCUGGCCGUCCCCUUCCCGUGCUGGAGCGCGGUUGCUGGGCUGUUCUUGCGGAGUCCCCUCUGUUCCCCUCUUUCUUUGUGUCGUUAGCUCGUCACGUCUGGAAUGCAAUUGGUGCGAGACUGGACAACAGAUGAACGUGUGUGAUGUUCGUUGUGAGGCUACUUU